AGCGAUAGCAAUAUGAGUAAGGAAUAAUCUAUUUAUUGCACUUGCAUACCAAUUCAAUAUAUUAUAUAUUGAAAUAUAAAUGAAAUUUGUAUGAUUUCUGUAUGUCAUUUGAGGUAUUUACAGUGAGAGGAAAACAUGGCUGGGCAGUUGACUCGUUUUAUAUAUCUACAGUACUUUACCACGCUUGUAUUAUAUGGCUCCGUUGAUGGAUCAUUGUCUAUCGAUGAAAAUACACUCUCACCAGAGUGCAGAGCGUUAGGCAUUUGUACUGAGGUCCCGGACUAUCCAGAUGCUAUCGCAUCGAAACUAAUAAAAGAGCUCAAAAAUAACAAAACUGUAUUUAGUAAUGAUAUCCCCUUUUCAACGAGUAGACAAGGAUUCACAACUAUGGAUACAGAUCUUUGUGAUUCUAAGCAAACACUUUAUGUUCCGAAAGCUGCCAAAAACAAAGAUAACCAGUGGUAUUAUAUAUUAAAUACUCAAAAAGAAAUAGUUCAACGUUUUCUUGUGGAAAUAUGCAGACAAAAUAAUAAAAGAUCGAUGAUGCUAGGUAAUAAAGAUGAUAGUAGAUGUUCUUCACUGGCGUCGUUUAGUAAAAACACCGAGGGAAUAUGCGUUCAAAAACACAUCUUGAGAGAAAUGAUAGGAAUAUCGAAGUCUGGCGAAAUAUUUAUUGAACAUUUCAACAUACCAUGCUGUUGCGAGUGUGUUGAAAGAUCAUUAACAACUAAUGAUUUGUAAUUAAACAUAUCACUAUAAUAAAA